GUUGUGAAAAUUGACAUUAUUGAUCCGAUACAGCCAUUUCAACAUGCCACCCUGGGAAUAUUGGGCCUGCUCAACUCUCCUAUUGAGGAUGCUGAAGCUGUCGCUCGCAUCAUUUCACAUGCUCCCUUGUGUCAAUCAAGUUAUUCACCAUGGAUAUCCGUCGUGGACCGAAGUGAACCGACGGCUUGAUUUGUUUGCGGUUCAUGGCGACUGUUGUAUCACAGAAGCAAAUCAAAAUAUCUUAUUAAAUCCCAGCCAUUAUAUGAUAAUGGGAAUGCCAUUGCGGAAAACGUAGAGCUGGACGUCAAGUAUCC